GGGAAUUACCAGUUAAAAAGCAAAUUGCGAACAGUCUCCUGCACUACAUACUAGCCAUUAAACGUCUUCUGAGCUAUCUCCAAAUCCACACGUGCACACAGAUGAAGAGGCAAAGGGAAGCGGUAUCUGCUAACAGAAGAAGAUAUAAAGUUACAAGAAUUUCAGCAGAUGAAGGUGGUGAUUAGAAAUGAGCUUCAUGGCAAUAAAGAUCAAUAUUUUAAAAAUAUUAAAGAAAAACUAAAGAAAAAUGGAAUCAUCCUCAGAAAUGAAUUAAAAAAUUUGCUGCAUUUAUGUCAGAAUUCAUCUGAUGUGGAACUAGCCAGAAAAAUUAUUUACAGGUACCAUGAACAGAAUAGAAUCACAGCCUUACAUAAUUUUAAAUUUGGGCCACUCUUUAUGAGACUGUGUUAUGAGCUAGACCUUGAAAGACCUGCAGUAGAGCUUAUCAAAGAUCAGAAUUUGCAUGGUUUUUUCUCAGACAGUACAUCAUUCCAUAUUUUGAUGACUAUGUUGUUUAAAAAGGGCCAUUUUGAAAGUGCUUUGGAAGUUCUAGUCGAAAUGAAAAAACAAAGUAUACCUUUCAACAAAGAAACCUAUCUACUUGCAGUUGCAAUAUGCUAUAAACUGGGCAGUCCAGAGUCUUCCAAAAUCUCUGCGAGACUGCUUGAAGAAGCGCAGCUAAAAGGUGACACGUUGCCACUGCGAGCAUACUGCUUUGCAAUGGCAGCUGCUCUCAAGCAGAACGAUGUAGCACAAGCCAAAUUUUACUGUUCCCAGAUAAUGAGAACAGAGAACAAACUAUACAAUAAUCUUAAAGUCCUUGUCCAGCUCAGAUCUGGUUUGUUAAAAGAAGUAAUAAAUACAUUAGAGGCAGCAGUGGAAGUAGAUACACCUCCCUUUGUGAAAAGAACUGAGUUUUCAGAGCAGGUGCUGGCUACAGUCAGGGAAAAGAUGGAAGAGAGCCCUGACCUUUCUGUCAAAUUAGGAGAUAUUUAUACGAAACUACAAGCUUCAGGACAGAUAACCAUGUGCACACUGGAAGACAUGCUUUUCCAGAUUCCUAGUUCAAAGAAGACCACUGCAAAACUUUUAAAUCAGAAGCAAUUGGGCUGUCAGGGUACUAAUCCACUUUGGUCAAAUCUGUUGUUAGGAUAGCUCAGUAUUUGAUGCCAAACUGAACUGCUGAUAGUAUCUCUUAUAAUCCAGGUUCAAAUAAAAUGUCUUUUCCCUUUCUACACAGUGGGAGUUUUAAGUUGUUUGUAUAAAAUUUCAUUUUAAAUACUGAUCAUGUAGCUUCCAUGUUUCAGUUUUGAUCCUAAAAACAAGCUGCAACAGUGGGUAUUUGUGUGUUGUUCAGAAAUGGGAGUGAUAGAAAGAUUUGACUUUUUCCUUAGGCUUUUGUAUCAGGAUUUUCCUAUGCUAAAUAUUUUGGAAGUGAAUGGAUGGAAAUGAGCAAAGCAAGCAAAAUGGUAUGAGUAUCUGACUUGACUUCUGUGGUUCAUGAGAAGAAAAUUUGGUCUUCAUCAACGUAAAUGUUCUGACUAAAAGGAUAGAGGCAGGCAAGAGUCCAGAGCAUGGAAGUGCUUGAACUGUUAACUCAAAGUCCGUAGAUCUCAAGAGAAUCAGGGGGAAGCAUGCAUCUUUUGUUCACUUUAAUAUCUUUUUAUUCUAAAGAAAUAUAUUAGCAUUUUUUUCCUAUCAACUGGGAUCAUGGAAAUGCCAUGGGAAUUCACAUGGUAACCAAUGGGUUGUUUUCUCCCUUGAAGGAGUUUCCUGAUCAAAAGUCACUCUCAAGAGUGAGUGACUGCACAAAUUGCUUUCUUCUAAUUUUUCUGGUAUUAAGAUUCCUAGGAUAAGCCGAUCUUGAUGCAAAUUUCCAACUAAUUCAUAAAAAGUUUUUAGAGCAGUUACGAUCACAUUUUUAGCUAUAAUUACACCAUCUGCAUAGUUUACCCUAUUUUUGGAUUGGAAAAAAGGUACAAAGAAGCCUUUCUUUGUCCAGCUUUAAUGACUCUAGAUCAAAUGUGCUGGACUCUAGCGUUAAAAAGCUGUUUGUGUAUCCUGUGUAUCCAAGAAUCUGAACUUACCCACCAUCCAGAAUAGAAGGAAUUGGAAACAGAUAUGCCUUGGCUAACAUUCAUGUGCCUUUGGGUGCCUUUGCAUGUGAAGUGAUGAACACAUUGAUAAAAGAACUUGGCAGCCUUGUGAACUGACAACUAGGAGGAACUCAGCUUGAUACUUGCCAACUUGGGCUGCAUUAGCUCUCCUCUACCUUCUGUUUUUUAUUUUGUCUCUGCUUCACUCAAGCAAAAGUCAUGGCUCAGAGUAUAUUUUCUGUGAAUAAAUAUCUUCAUCUGUAUCACUGAAGCCAUUGAGACACCGAAGAAACAAGAACCCAUCCAUGCUUCAAAACAAAUGUGGCUUCAGGCUGUGGGAUGGUGCCUUCUGAAGCUCUAGCUCUGAAACUUAUUUCUUUUGUCACAGUGUGUCUUGUUAAUAUUUAAAAUGUACAAAAACUGCUACAAAGUAGAUGGAAUUUCAUGCAAGUGAAGAAUAAUAUGAAGUGUGUAUCACACUUCUGUGAAUUGUGUGUACCCUUUUUAUGAUUGGUGGCAUAAAGUACUGCAUACAUUAAUCUAAAAACACAGCUAUUACUUUUUCUGUAAUAUUGUGUAGUAUGUAAUUCCACAUGUAGUUUCCUUUCAUUGAAAAUUCAUUCACCAGAUGUAACCCUUGAGAAGUUCUCAAUCUUUUCUCCACAAAUAAAUUUAAUAUGAUAUUUGUAAA